AUGGAGAGCAUGCGGUGUAAUAAACUGCCGGUAGGGGAACAAAUGAUUCCGGUAACAUCAGUGACACUAUUAAUUCUUGCUGAAAUUGAUCGAAAUAUCGAGGAGGAAACUACUUCGAGGGAUGAUGAUGAGACUCUAGUGGUGGUGGCAGUUACUACUACUCUCCAACCACCACCAGCUCAAUCCGGGGGUAACAACAACAACAACUAUACUCCCCCGCCUCCGGGUGGUCUCAUUGGCGGCAUGUAUUACCCUCCACCAACGUACAAAAACUACCCAACACCGCCACCUCCGAACCCCAUUGUUCCUUACUUCCCAUUUUAUCACCACACUCCUCCCCCUCCUUCAAGGUCUGAAAAGCUGUUAGCUUGUCUGGUUUCAACCCUUGUUUCGUUGUUCGGUUGUUUCCUUUAUGUCUUUUGA